AUGGCAGCGGGCGUAGCAGCUUGGUUACCCUUUGCCAGGGCAGCAGCCAUAGGAUGGAUGCCAGUGGCCACAGGUCCCAUGCCAGCUGCUCCACGGCAGGAGAGGAAGCGAAGCCAAGACUCUCUGAUUGUGCUGAAUGUGAGUGGCAUCCAGUUCCAGACAUGGCUGGACACUUUGGAGCGCUACCCUGACACCCUGCUCGGCAGUUCGGAGCGGGACUUCUUUUACCACCCUGAGACACAGCAGUACUUUUUCGAUCGGGACCCUGACAUUUUCCGCCACAUUCUCAACUUCUACCGUACUGGGAAGCUCCAUUACCCUCGCCAGGAGUGCAUCUCUGCUUACGAUGAGGAGCUGGCCUUUUUUGGCAUCAUCCCGGAGAUCAUUGGUGACUGCUGUUAUGAGGAGUACAAGGAUCGCCGUCGUGAGAAUGCUGAGCGCCUGCAGGAUGAUGCUGACCAGGAUCACGCAGCUGAGAGCUCCCUGCCCUCGAUGACAGCUAGGCAGAGGAUGUGGCGGGCCUUUGAAAACCCACACACCAGUACACUGGCUCUAGUCUUCUACUAUGUCACUGGUUUCUUUAUUGCUGUCUCUGUUAUUGCCAAUGUGGUGGAGACAGUGCCCUGUGGGGUGAGCCCGGGUCGCAUCAAGGAGCUGCCCUGUGGAGAGCGCUAUGCUGUGGCUUUCUUCUGUCUGGAUACUGCUUGUGUCAUGAUCUUCACAGUUGAAUAUCUCCUACGCCUGCUGGCAGCUCCAAGUCGCUACAAAUUUGUGCGCAGUGUCAUGAGUAUCAUUGAUGUGGUAGCCAUCAUGCCAUAUUACAUUGGCCUGGUGAUGACAGAUAAUGAGGAUGUCAGUGGGGCUUUUGUGACACUAAGAGUCUUUCGUGUCUUCAGGAUCUUUAAGUUCUCCCGCCACUCGCAGGGGCUGCGCAUCCUGGGCUACACCCUCAAAAGCUGCGCCUCGGAAUUAGGCUUCCUUCUCUUCUCACUUACCAUGGCCAUCAUCAUCUUUGCCACAGUCAUGUACUAUGCAGAGAAAGGUUCAUCAGCCAGCAAGUUCACCAGCAUCCCCGCAGCCUUCUGGUACACCAUUGUCACCAUGACAACACUGGGAUAUGGUGACAUGGUGCCGAAGACAAUAGCUGGCAAGAUUUUUGGUUCAAUAUGCUCCUUGAGUGGAGUGUUAGUGAUUGCUCUGCCAGUUCCUGUGAUUGUCUCCAACUUCAGCCGUAUCUACCACCAGAACCAACGAGCAGACAAGCGCAGGGCACAAAAGAAAGCAAGACUUGCUCGAAUUCGUGCAGCAAAGAGUGGGAGUGCUAAUGCCUACAUGCAGAGCAAACGGAAUGGCUUACUGAGUAACCAGCUGCAGCAGUCCUCCAGUGAAGAAGAACAGGCCUUUGUUAGCAAAUCUGGCUCUUCCUUUGAAACGCAGCACCACCACCUGCUUCACUGCCUGGAAAAAACUACGAAUCACGAGUUUGUGGAUGAACAGCUCUACGAAGAGAGCUGCAUGGAAGUUUCUACAGUCAAUAGACCCCCAAGCCACAGCCCCUCGCUGUCGUCCCAACAAGGCGUCACUGGCACUUGCUGCUCACGAAGACAUAAAAAGACGUACCGCAUCCCCAACACUGCCCUCACAGGCAGCCGCCACGGCAGCGUACAGGAGCUCAGCACCAUCCAGAUCAGAUGUGUAGAGAGGACACCUCUGUCUAACAGCCGAUCCAGCUUAAAUGCCAAAGUGGAAGAGUGCGUUAAACUAAACUGUGAGCAGCCUUACGUCACUACAGCAAUAAUUAGCAUCCCAACACCUCCCGUCACCACACCUGAAGGAGAUGAUAGGCCAGAGUCUCCCGAGUAUUCGGGAGGAAACAUUGUCAGAGUAUCCGCUUUAUAAAAUAAGGAAUUAUUUAUAAAUUAGAAUAAAGACCACUUAUAAGCUGAGCUCGAGCGGAGAGAAAUGAGUCCUGAGGAAUGAGAGAGCUGACAAAGACAACACCCCCUGAUGUGUGCGCCAGCAGCAACGGAGUGAGACGGUCAGGAGAACCACAACAAUUUGUGGCUGUCGGUGUCGCAGCGUGGGAACCGGUGGAGUUUCUACAUACUGUUGGAGCUGACACAUAGUGGAAGCUUCUGUGACCAUCCUGACUUACUAUAGAGCACAAUGAAAUGUCCCCAUUGAUGCU